UUCUAUCAAUGACUGACCACACGCUCUUCCUUAAAAUGUCCACAACGAAAAACUCGCCCCCGCCCGAAUCCCUAGCGCCACCAACUCCCGCCCAUCCAUGGCCUCCGUCACCCAAGCCGCCGCCGCCGUCUCCGCCCCCCACAACAGCCGGCUCCUCCUCCCCUCCUCCCCGCGCCGCCUACCCCGGCCACGCCCCCGCCCGCGCGCACGCCUCCGCCUCGCCUCCUGCCACGCUGACACCCUCCUCCCCUCCUCCUCCUCAUCAGGGGCCCGCACGCCGCCUACCCCCGCGGCUGGGCCCUCCACCGCCGCAGACUCCGCCACCGAUGGGUUCUUUGACUGGCUGCGCGAUCGCGGGCUGCCGCUGGGCAAGGUGGCCAUCCGGGAGCGGCCCGUGUCCUUCACCCGCGAGGGCAAGGACCUACCGCUGCGCUACGUCGCCGCCGGCGAGGACCUCCAGGCGGGGGAUGUGGCGUUCGAGGUGCCCAUGUCGCUCGUCGUCACGCUGGAGCGGGUGCUAGGCGACGAGUCUGUGGCCGAGUUAUUGACGACAAACAAGUUGUCUGAGCUGGCAUGCUUGGCAUUGUAUCUCAUGUAUGAGAAAAAGCAAGGAAAGGAUUCAUUUUGGUACCCUUACAUUAAGGAGCUUGACCGGCAGCGAGGAAGGGGGCAGCUAGCUGUUGAAUCACCACUUUUAUGGACUGAAAGUGAACUGGAUUACCUUAAUGGCAGCCCCAUGAGGGAGGAAGUUGUUGCGAGGUAUGAGGGAAUAAGGAGAGAAUAUAACGAGCUUGACACAUUGUGGUUCAUGGCAGGUUCACUGUUUCAGCAAUAUCCUUUUGACAUACCUACCGAGGCUUUUCCAUUUGAGAUUUUCAAGCAGGCUUUUGUUGCAGUACAGUCUUGUGUGGUUCAUUUGCAGAAAGUUAGUUUAGCUCGAAGAUUCGUGCUAGUUCCCUUGGGCCCACCACUGUUGACCUACAAGAGCAACUGCAAAGCAAUGCUGACAGCUGAUGGUGAUUCUGUUCGCUUGGUGGUGGAUCGACCAUAUAAAGAAGGAGAACCAUUAAUCGUUUGGUGUGGACCACAACCAAACGCCAGGCUGCUUCUCAACUAUGGUUUUGUAGAUGAAGACAAUCCCUACGAUCGCAUCAUGAUUGAGGCAUCCCUAAAUACAGAAGAUCCUCAAUACCAAGAAAAGAGAAUGGUCGCUCAGAGAAAUGGAAAGCUUGCUAUCCAAAAUUUUCAUGUCUACAUAGGUAAAGAGAGAGAAACUGUUGCAGAAAUGCUGCCAUACCUUAGACUAGGAUACAUUUCAGAUCCGGAUGAGAUGCAGUCCAUACUUUCUUCUGAAGGUGAUACAUGUCCAGUUAGUCCAUGUACAGAGCGGGCAGUACUUGAUCAACUUGUUGGAUACCUGAAAUCUCGAUUGGCUGGCUACCCCACUACUUUGGAUGAGGAUGAAGCUAUGUUGGCAGAUGGCAAUUUGGAACCAAAGAAGGAAGUUGCUGCUAGGCUUGUCAGGAUGGAGAAGAAAAUGCUCCAUGCCUGUUUUCAGGCUGCUAUCGAGUUCAUAAAUGCCUUGCCUGACCAUACAGUGUUGCCUUGCCCUGCUCCUUUUGCUCCUGAAUUGAAAUGAGAUUUGCCAUUAUUUUCACAGAUGAAGGUAAUAUAAUUGAUCUCAUGACUAUGGCCAAGAUUUAGUCAGUGUGUAGAGAAGCAUGCAGCGAGCAUCAUCACUUGCAAGAUGGAUAUACCACUUGAAAGAAUCUGCCUCAUGUUCCCUUUAGAGAUUACAGCAAUGUUAAUUGCAUCAAUAGAAGGGAAUAAUAAAUCUGGGUGUUCAAGUCUAAUAAGGAUAUCGCUGGUCUCGAGCAGAUGUGGUGUGUAUUCUUUAGUGGUAGCUGUAUUUGCGUUGUAGAUCCUGUUUGUCCAUUAGGAGUGUCAAUCAUGUACAUGACUGCUGACUCACAUCUUUUUGUCCUGAGAAGAACGUAUAUGGGAAAUUACAUGGUUCAGUGAA